UGGGUUCCUGACUGCUCAUCUGCCUUCCCGUGCCAUAAAUACGGAUUGCUGUGGAAAGGCUCGGCCUGUCCUCUCUUCUCUCCUGGCCAUGCGAUAGCCCCUCGAUCGUGCAGCCACCUGAUCUGGUGCAUACAUUGGGGUCGAGCUGCUGGAAAAAACUGCUGCCUGCAGGGAUCCACGGAAGGGAGGCAGCGAGAAUAAUAGUUGGGGGGAAAAGAGCACAGACGUGCCUCUCUGUGACGGCCUGAGGCUGACAAAUCAGGGUGGCCGUCUAACUGUGCCUCCGUGGGUCAGGGUGGUGGCGAAGGCAUUGCAGUGAAGUGGGCUCGCUGGUAAAGCAUCUCCUAAUAGGAGAAAAGGAAUAGUUACCUGCUUAGUGUCAUCCUUCAUAUUUGGCAAUCUGAGGAAAAGGUCUGAGCCAGCAUGAAGACAGACUCUCCUCUUCAGUAGAGAAAAACUUUCUGCCUGACGCAGUUCAUUUCAAGAAGUGCACGAUGACAGAGCGUGGAAUUAAAUGGGCUUGUGAGUAUUGUACGUACGAAAAUUGGCCAUCUGCAAUCAAAUGUACCAUGUGUCGUGCUCAGAGACCUAGUGGAACAAUUAUCACGGAAGAUCCAUUUAAAAGUGGUUCAAGUGAUAUUGGUCGAGACUGGGAUCCUACAAGCACCGAAGGAGGGAGUAGUCCUUUGAUAUGUCCAGAUUCUAGUGCAAGACCAAGGGUUAAAUCAUCUUACAGUAUGGAAAGUGCAAAUAAAUGGUCGUGCCACAUGUGCACGUACUUGAACUGGCCAAGAGCGAUAAGAUGUACUCAGUGCUUGUCUCAACGUAGGACCAGGAGUCCCACGGAGUCCCCUCAGUCUUCAGGGUCUGGUUCAAGACCAGUUCCUUUUUCUGUUGACCCGUGUGAGGAAUAUAAUGACAGAAAUAAACUGAACACAAGGGCUCAGCACUGGACUUGUUCCGUUUGUACAUACGAAAACUGGGCGAAGGCCAGGAAAUGCGUUGUGUGUGAUCAUCCCAGACCUAACAACAUCGAAGCAAUAGAACUGGCAGACACAGACGAGGCUUCUUCAAUCAUAAACGAGCAAGACAGAGCUCGGUGGAGGGGGAGCUGUAGUAGUGGGAAUAGCCAAAGAAGAUCUCCGCCUACAACCAAACGCGAAUCCGAUGUGAAAAUGGACUUCCAAAGAAUUGAACUGGCUGGAGCUGUUGGCAGCAAGGAAGAACUUGAAGUUGACUUCAAAAAACUAAAGCAAAUAAAAAAUAGAAUGAAAAAGACUGACUGGCUGUUUCUAAAUGCUUGCGUGGGAGUUGUAGAAGGUGAUUUAGCUGCUGUUGAAGCUUACAAGUCAUCAGGAGGAGACAUUGCCCGCCAGCUUACCGCAGAUGAAGUACGCCUGCUAAAUCGUCCUUCUGCUUUUGACGUCGGGUACACGCUUGUACAUCUAGCGAUACGCUUCCAGAGACAAGAUAUGCUAGCGAUCUUGCUUACGGAGGUGUCACAGCAUGCAGCGAAGUGCAUUCCUGCCAUGGUGUGUCCAGAGGUCACAGAACAAAUUCGUCGCGAAAUUGCUGCAUCUCUUCAUCAGCGGAAGGGAGACUUCGCUUGCUAUUUUCUGACUGACCUUGUAACGUUUACGUUACCUGCAGAUAUUGAAGACUUACCGCCCACAGUCCAAGAAAAGUUAUUUGAUGAAGUACUUGAUAGAGAUGUUCAGAAAGAGCUAGAAGAGGAAUCUCCCAUCAUUAACUGGUCGCUGGAACUGGGCACCCGCUUGGACAGCAGGUUAUAUGCACUUUGGAAUCGGACUGCAGGGGACUGCCUGCUUGAUUCAGUACUACAAGCUACUUGGGGCAUUUACGACAAAGAUUCAGUGCUGCGGAAAGCUCUUCACGACAGUUUACAUGACUGCUCACAUUGGUUCUAUACACGCUGGAAAGAAUGGGAAUCGUGGUAUUCCCAAAGCUUUGGUUUACAUUUCUCGUUGCGCGAGGAACAGUGGCAGGAAGAUUGGGCAUUCAUACUCUCUCUUGCAAGCCAGCCUGGAGCAAGUUUGGAGCAGACACACAUUUUUGUACUUGCACAUAUUCUUAGAAGACCAAUUAUAGUUUAUGGAGUAAAAUAUUUUAAGAGUUUCCGAGGAGAAACAUUAGGAUAUACCCGUUUUCAAGGUGUGUAUUUGCCUUUGUUGUGGGAACAGAGUUUCUGCUGGAAGAGUCCCAUCGCUCUGGGCUACACGAGGGGCCAUUUCUCCGCUCUGGUUGCCAUGGAGAACGACGGGUAUGGCAAUCGAGGUGCUGGUGCUAACCUCAACACUGAUGACGAUGUCACCGUUACCUUUCUGCCCUUGGUGGACAGCGAGAGGAAACUAUUGCACAUUCACUUCCUUUCUGCUCAAGAGAUAGGUAACGAGGAGCAGCAAGAAAAGCUGCUUCGGGAGUGGCUGGACUGCUGCGUGACGGAAGGAGGGGUUCUCGUUGCAAUGCAGAAGAGCUCUCGGCGGCGCAACCACCCUCUCGUCACCCAGAUGGUGGAGAAGUGGCUCGAUCGCUACCGCCAGAUCCGCCCGUGUACAUCCCUUUCCGAUGGCGAGGAAGACGAGGAUGACGACGACGAAUGAUGGUGGAAUGUGGGAAGGAAAUGACCAGCGCAUAGCGUCUGACCUGGAGUUAGGGUUGUGCUGUAGCUGUUCGUUGUGGAACGACCUAAUUCUGGAAGAAACAUGCUGCAAAGGGUUUUUCUAACCAGUAUGGGGAGAGUCUAGAAGCUCAUCUGCUGCGUGGAGAGCACUGAAUGGGCUGGACUACAGUUUGUAUAAAAACAAAGAAAAAGAAACAAAACAGCUAAUUUUAUUAUCAAGACAGGAAAAAAAACAAAACAUUUUUCUUUCUGAUUGUAAAUCUGUCUAUAAAUGUACCGCAUGUGGUUGUGUCAGAGGUUGUGUAAUAGGAAAAGUAUACCAGCAUCUUAAUUAUUGCAAAGAAACUUUUCAAAUAAGGGCACUUACGAAAGCACACGUUAGGUGGAUUUCUCUUCCCUCUGAGAUUCUUUCCCAGUAGAACUUGGGAUUCUACAUCACCUUUAGAUACUCUGACACAUUUCUGUGAAAGGCCCUUUGAUGUGAAAUCUCACUAGUGCCCAGGUCAGGUGGUGAGGUUUUUUUGUUUGCACAAGAUAUCCACAGCAAGUCAUAAGCAAAAAUACACUCGUUACUUACUAAUACUUCAGUUACUGCUGUGCUCCCAAAAUAAAAUCUAAACACUAUGAAACAAACUGGAAGAGAAGGUAAAUUUUUUCAUUGAGUGAAAUGAUUUGCUUCCUGAAAGUUUUUCUGGUCUUUUUUCUUCCUUUAAUAGUUAAUAGAUUCCCUUUGAUAUACUUAAGAAUAUUUAUUCAGAGAAGUGACCUAAAAUGUAUGGAUUUUUUUCCAGUGAGCAUAUACUAAACCAAACUGUGUGAAAUUUGAGAGCUCAGACAUGAUCGAUAAUUUUGUAUGGUGAAAACUUUUGUCUUGCUGUGAUACAAACCCUAUAUCAUAUCAUUUACUCUUUCAUCACCUUAAACAUUGCUGCAAAUGAAAAAACAUCUUUUUAAAGGGUUAUUCCUUGGUCGUUACAUCUAGUGAGAAUACACUCGGCAGUUCUGAUUGAAAAGAAGAAACUAUGCUAAAGUUGUUUUUAAAAGCACUGUUAUAUAUUUCUCAGUAUGUAAGCCUGGGAAUUUCUUGCAUGUUGAUUGAUGUGGCCAUACUUAAACUUAUGUAAGUUCCUAAGAUUGUAAGUUCAGAGUAUAUUCUCCAGUAGAAAUUUUAUUAUAUUUGAUAACUUUAGCCAUGUAACCUGUAAUGGAUAAAGUUUAUCUAAAAAUCUCACUUAAACACUAAAGGUUAAUGCCAGUUUUUACAUAUGCAGUGCAAUUCAGGUUUUCUUGAAAAGCACUUUUGAUGGUGUGGUGGUCGAAUAAGGAAUUUUUGCAGUAGCUGAAAUUGUUUUAAUUAGAAAUUGGAACGAAGCCCCAUAGCACAUAUUUUUAUGUAGUUGAGAGCUAUGGAAACCCGGAGGAACUUGCUGCUUUUUUUUCUUCCAAAUGCUGCUUAGAUGGUGUUGAAAUGUGCACAACUCCUACAGAAACUUGGUGACGACACCAAAAGUCUAGAAAUAAUGAAGUACUGUAUUAACUUAGCAAUUUUCCCAUCACAGAUUUCAUGGAGGUUUAUUAUGAAACGUCUUCACGUUUUUGGCCAUUUUAUCUCCUCUGACUGGUGCAUGCGCAAACUUUCAGGUAAAAGAGUGCAUGUUUAUCUGCCGUAUACGUCUGGUUUACCUGAGCUGAGUAGGCAAGCUGCUGCUACCGAAGAGGUUUUGACAGGCAUAUGGUCCUGUUUCAAGUUCGCUUUCUAAACUGGUAUCAUUUCGUCCUUUUUUUCUUAACUUGCAAGCAAAAUCCUUUUAUUCCUCGUCGAGCUGAUGACCUAAAGCUUUGCUGUCAGGGGAGCCGAGCGCUGGGUAAGCUGGGAUGGGAUUUUGCGUGGCCUGAGCGGCGUGCGUGGGCAGGCUUCCUCACCUGCCAGGGCGCAGCCCUGUCCCUGGGGCUCAGGGUGAAGGACAGGGGUGGAGCAGCUCCCUGUAAACUCGCAUCCCAGCUCACCCAGGGCCAAGGUCCCCGCGCAGACCAGCAUUUGAAUGGACAGAAGGAUAAGCUCCUACCUUCGGUAGGCUCUUCAAAAGGGUGUGCAAAACGUUACCCUUUCAUUUUUGCAGUAGUGUUCCGUUUAAGGAAGUAAAGCUUCCUUGUGACAUGGGGAGAAUAACUAACUAAUGUGAAAAGUACCCUGAGCCACGCUCCACAAGCACGCCUUUCCUUACCUCGUAUCGCUGUACCUGGGCAGCCCGUCCCCGACCGCCACGUUUCCAUGGCACGUGGAAGUUCCCCAUGCAGUCAGUUACAGCUGUUUUAAAAAGCAUGCACCGUGCUCUCUGAUGUUUAUCUAGUUCUGGUAUGAGAGGACAGUCCUGGUACUUCAGAGCUCUUGGCUUUCUUAAUCAUUAUUGUUCUGUUCUGAUGUGCUGUAAAAUGGUAUGUUCAGGUUAACGAGCUUCCCGGGUCACUUCGGAACUGGCGAAGUUUCUUUUUUCAAAAUCAAAGUAAUCCAAACCUCAUGUACCUGUAGAUUAAAGAGAUGCAAACCCCGGCUUUGUG